AUCAUCUNUUUGUUCCAAGGACUACUCCUGGAUAUUAGCCUAGUAUAAAGAGUGCUUUAGCUGGUAACCAAACAAUAAAGAGAGCUCAAAUGUCUUGGGUUAGAUGGUUUUAUGAUGCUUGCAUUCCACUUAAUGCUUUGCAAUCACCUUAUUUUAAACUUGCUUUAGAUGCCAUUGCUGUAAUUGGUCCAGAAUUUAAAGGUUCAUCUUAUAAUAACAUUCGUGUUAAUUUGUUGAGAGAUUGCAAGAAAGAAUGUCAAUUGCUUGUUAACACUUAUCGAAGUCAGUGGAUAAAUAAUGGAUGUACAAUUAUGGUCGAUGGUUGGAUCGAUCAAAGACAUAGAACGUUGAUUAAUUUUUUAGUAUAUUGUUCUUCUGAGAUUGUAUUUAUAAAAUCUUAUGAUGCAUUAGAUGUAGUGAAAGAUGCUCAAACAAUGUGUAAUUUGUUUUCUGAGAUAGUUGAAUGGGUUGGACCUCGUAAUGUGGUUCAUAUGGUAGCUAAUAAUGCUGCUAACUAUGUGGCGGCAGGGAAAUUAUUGCACGACAAAUAUGAUCACAAUUUUUGGUCUCUUUAUACUGCACAUUGUUUGAAUCUUAUUUUAAAAGAUAUUAGUAGUAUGCCUCACGUACAUUCCCUUGCAUUACAUGUUUCGAAAAUUACAAUAUUUGUGUAUAAUCACACAAUUUAUUUAUUUUUUUUGUUUUGGUUGCGAAAAAUACUUGAAUGGAAGGAAAUUGUACAUCCAGUUGUGACUCGUUUUGCUACCACUUUUUUAACAUUGAAAAAUAUUUAUGAUCACAAACAAGCAUUGCAGAGUUUGGCAACAAGUAGGCAUUUUACAACCUAUAGGCUUUCAAAAAGCACAAAUGGAAGACUCGUGAGCUAUAUCAUCUUGGAUAACAAAUUUUGGGAAGAUUGUUUGAUGGUUGUGAAAAUUGUGGUUCCUAUUAUAAGAUUGUUACAAAUUGUAGAUUCACAUGAAAAACCUUCAUUAUGUUAUGUAUAUGAUGGCAUGCAUAGAGCAUGA